AUGAAGUCCAUCGCUCUUGCGCUUACAAUCGGCGCAAAGUGUGCAUUGGGAUUGGGUCUCUCAACACCCAUCCUCCGCUUCACCGACAAGGGCACAUUCCAGAUUUCGGUAUUCUCGGAUCUGCAUUACGGCGAAGCCGAAGACCUAGACUGGGGUCCCCAACAAGACAUCAACUCAACCCGCGUCAUGAACAGUGUGCUAGAUCAAGAAAGUCCCCAACUCGUCGUACUCAACGGCGACUUGAUCACCGGGGAAAAUACCUUCAAAGCGAAUUCCAGCCACUACCUCGACCAAAUUGUGGUGCCACUUGUAGACCGCAAUCUUUAUUGGGCUUGCACCUACGGUAAUCACGACAGUCAAUUCAAUCUCUCGCGGCAAGAAAUCUUUGAGCGCGAGAAGCGAUACCCAAACUCCCUGACGCAGAGCAUGGUUCCUACGAUUGGUUACGCGUCUGGUGUGUCUAAUUAUUAUUUACCAAUUUACUCGGCUGAUAAGGGCGACAAAACACCGAAGGUGAUUUUGUGGUUUUUUGACAGUAGGGGAGGUAAUCAAUUUCAAAAUGUCGAUAAGAAUGGCAAUGUCAUUCCUGUCGAUGAUUUUGUUGAUCAGUCGGUUGUCGACUGGUUCACCAAGACUCGCGACCAACUCAAUAAAAUCUAUCACAAGACCAUUCCGUCACUCGCAUUCUUUCACAUCCCCGUCACAGCUAUGCUCGCAUUUCAAGACAGUCCCGGUCCCAACUCUCACACCGCGCCCGGUAUCAACGAUGAUGUCCCGCUUGCUGCGCAAGGUCCAUCCGAUGGCUCUUUUGAUUAUACGGGACAAGACAAGCCUUUUAUGAAAGCUCUUGUCGAAACGGAGGGAUUGAUAGCUACAUUCAGCGGACACGAUCAUGGAAAUGACUGGUGCUUUAAAUGGAACACCACCCUCUCCGAAAUGGACAUCAAGGGUGACGGAGUCGUCCUCUGUUUCGACCGCCACAGUGGCUAUGGAGGAUAUGGAAGCUGGACUCGCGGAUCACGACAGAUAUUGUUAGACGAAAAGACACUGGGAAAGCAGACCGAUACAUGGGUCCGUCUCGAAGAGGGCAGCAUCUCCGGCGCUGUGACUCUGAAUGCUACCUAUGGCCAGGAUUAUUAUCCUGCUGCGAAGGAUACCACGACAUAA